AGACUGCAGGCAUGAACCAGUGGCCACCCAAAGGAGACUGAUGGUCCAUCUCCUUCAUCAUGCGUGCUAAGACACAAAAACAGCUUGAAGGGAAGGAAGAAGCUAGGGUUUUUUUGGUUUUGUUUUGUUUGUUUGUUUGUUUAUUUUAGUAUUCUUCAGAGGCACAGAAUGAAAGGCAGAGAGAACCCCAGGUACAAUUUAAUUCACUUGUUAGCAGAGGCUACAUGUGCCAGAUGCCAUGCUACACGCUGGAGACAGCCUACGCAUGCUGGGCUCGUGAGAGAAUAAGCUAUGAGCCACAGUGCCUGCAUGCAGAGACCAACUCACUAGCUGUGCAAGCUUGGUUUGAAGAAAACAGGUCUGAAACAAGGUCUUACCCCCAGCUGCCUCUGAACACAGUGACUGCCAGAUCUCCAAACAUCAAGUCCAGCUUUGUCCGCCAACCUGUCUGACAUGUCGGGACCCGUGCCAAGCAGGGCCAGAGUUUACACAGAUGUUAAUACACACAGACCUCGAGAAUACUGGGAUUACGAGUCACAUGUGGUGGAAUGGGGAAAUCAAGAUGACUACCAGCUGGUUCGAAAAUUAGGCCGAGGUAAAUACAGUGAAGUAUUUGAAGCCAUCAACAUCACUAAUAAUGAAAAAGUUGUUGUUAAAAUUCUCAAGCCAGUAAAAAAGAAGAAAAUUAAGCGUGAAAUAAAGAUUUUGGAGAAUUUGAGAGGAGGUCCCAACAUCAUCACACUGGCAGACAUUGUAAAAGACCCUGUGUCACGAACCCCCGCCUUGGUUUUUGAACACGUAAACAACACAGACUUCAAGCAAUUGUACCAGACGUUAACAGACUAUGAUAUUCGAUUUUACAUGUAUGAGAUUCUGAAGGCCCUGGAUUAUUGUCACAGCAUGGGAAUUAUGCACAGAGAUGUGAAGCCCCAUAAUGUCAUGAUUGAUCAUGAGCACAGAAAGCUACGACUAAUAGACUGGGGUUUGGCUGAGUUUUAUCAUCCUGGCCAAGAAUAUAAUGUCCGAGUUGCUUCCCGAUACUUCAAAGGUCCUGAGCUACUUGUAGACUAUCAGAUGUACGAUUAUAGUUUGGAUAUGUGGAGUUUGGGUUGUAUGCUGGCAAGUAUGAUCUUUCGGAAGGAGCCAUUUUUCCAUGGACAUGACAAUUAUGAUCAGUUGGUGAGGAUAGCCAAGGUUCUGGGGACAGAAGAUUUAUAUGACUAUAUUGACAAAUACAACAUUGAAUUAGAUCCACGUUUCAAUGAUAUCUUGGGCAGACACUCUCGAAAGCGAUGGGAACGCUUUGUCCACAGUGAAAAUCAGCACCUUGUCAGCCCUGAGGCCUUGGAUUUCCUGGACAAACUGCUGCGAUAUGACCACCAGUCACGGCUUACUGCAAGAGAGGCCAUGGAACACCCCUAUUUCUACACUGUUGUGAAGGACCAGGCUCGAAUGGGUUCAUCUAGCAUGCCAGGGGGCAGUACGCCCGUCAGCAGCGCCAAUAUGAUGUCAGGGAUUUCUUCAGUGCCAACCCCUUCACCCCUUGGACCUCUGGCAGGCUCACCAGUGAUUGCUGCUGCCAACCCCCUUGGGAUGCCUGUUCCAGCUGCCGCUGGCGCUCAGCAGUAACGGCCCUAUCUGUCUCCUGAUGCCUGAGCAGAGGUGGGGGAGUCCACCCUCUCCUUGAUGCAGCUUGCGCCUGGUGGGGAGGGGUGAAACACUUCAGAAGCACCGUGUCUGAACCGUUGCUUGUGGAUUUAUAGUAGUUCAGUCAUAAAAAAAAAAUUAUAAUAGGCUGAUUUUCUUUUUUCUUUUUUCUUUUUUUUUUUUUUUAACUCGAACUUUUCAUAACUCAGGGGAUUCCCUGAAAAAUUACCUGCAGGUGGAAUAUUUCAUGGACAAAUUUUUUUUCUCCCCUCCCAAAUUUAGUUCCUCAUCACAAAAGAGCAAAGAUAAACCAGCCUCAAUCCCGGCUGCUGCAUUUGGGUGGAGAUUUCUUCCCAUUCCCACCAUUGUCCUCCACCAUCCCACACUUUAGGGGGUUGGUAUCUCGUGCUCUUCUUUAGAGAUUACAAAAAUGUAGCUUCUCAGGGGAGGCGGGAAGAAAGGAGGCAGGAAGGAAAGAAGGAAGGGAGGACCCAAUCUGUAGGAGCAGUGGACUGCUUGCUGGUCACUUACAUCACUUUACUCCAUAAGCGCUUCAGUGGGGUUAUCCUAAUGGCUCUCGUGGAAGUGUGUCUUAGUUACAUCGAGAUGUUGAAAAUCUACCCGAAAUGCAGACAGAUACUAAAAACUUCUGUUCAGUAAGAAUCAUGUCUUAUUGAUCUAACCCUAAAUCCAACUCAUUUAUAAUUUUAGUUUUAGUUCAGUUUAAAAUUUUGAUACCUUCCCUCCCAGGCUCCUUACCUUGGUGUUUUCCCUGUUCAUCUCCCAAUAUGCUGUGCUCCAUAGCUGGUAGGAGGGGGAAGGCAAAAUCUUUCUCAGUUUUCUUUGUCUUGGCCAUUUUGAAUUCAUUUAGUUACUGGGCAUAACUUAUUGCUUUUUACAAAAGAAACAAACAUUGUCUAUACAGGUUUCAUGCUAGAGCUAAUGGGAGAUGUGGCCACACUGAGUUCGUUCCAUUUUAAGCUUUCUACCUUCUUUUCCUCUGACCUUCCCCUUCCCUCACAUGCCAUCCAGUGAGAAGACCUGCUCCUCAGUCUUGUAAAUGUAUCUUGAGAGAUAGGAGCAAAGCCACUAUCUCCAUUGAAGCUGAAAUGGUAGACCUGUAAUUGUGGGAAAACUAUAAACUCUCUUGUUACAGCCUUGCCACCCCUUGCUGUGUGUAUAUAUAUAAUACUUUGUCCUUCAUAUGUGAAAGAUCCAGUGUUGGAAUUCUUUGGUGUAAAUAAACGUUUGGUUUUAUUUAUCAAGGUUAGAUUUAAGUUCCCUGUGUAAAGGUCUUGCUGGGUGGGUGUCUCAUGUUCACAUCUGAGGGGCCUGCAGCCCUGUACCGUGGAGGCUUCCCAAGGCCCCCACUUUUAUACACCCCUCGUUCGACCCAUGGUACCGGGCAGGGCAGAGAGGCCUUAAAAAAAAGCACCACAAGCCAAAGCGUCUCUGGGGAUUAAGGAUCCUUUGCCAUAAAACUCAUUUUGUGUCUCAGCAGUGCAGGGAUUGGGGAUGGAAAAAGUCGCCAGUUUUUGUGUGUUUGUGUGUGUGUGUGUAAAGUGGACUUUCCACUGUAAUCCAACCACCUAAGUUUAUCAGGUGCUUCACUGAGGAAGCCUAGUUUUUUAAGCACAAUAGCAAAACCAUCAGCUCUGUAUUUUCUCCUGUUAAUUCAUUACAGUAGCUGCUUGUGGGAACUAGGAAAAAUUCUUCCAACAUACUUUAAGGCCUAAAAUCUUAGUUCCCCAUUCUCCUACCUUUAUAGAUUCACAGGCCUUUCUCACCUAGGCAUCAUAGGUAAACGUAAUUGUUUGGGGAGUUGAAUUUAAUGAACUUAUCUAACUUUGUAACCCAUCUUGGCUUUAGUAACUUUAUCAAGGUGGUGGCUUUAGUGAAUUUAAUGGUUAACUUUAGAGGACGCUAAAGCCUCCUUUCAUAGCGCUUCUCAACGAUAGGGAGAGUUGAAGGGAAAACAUUCUGACUGUGUGGCAGGGUGAUUUUCUUCCUUAUGACCACUUACAGUGGAUAUUUAUUGUACUUGACCCUUUUAUGCCCUAGAAUGCUGUGAGGGUUACCAUGUUGAAUUUGUGCAGAAGCUAAAAGCACCAGAUGUGCCAGAGAUGCAAUUUGUGAUUAUGUUUGCACUGGAUUGUGAUUUGAACAGGACACUUAUAACUAAUGAGUUCUUUCUUUUGAGGUGGGGAGAGGGUUGUAAAUCAAGACUUCACACCCGAUCCUUGUAGCUCGGAAAUUUAGGUUUGGCUUAGGCUGAUGCGGAGAGCUGCAGACAGCUGGACCUCCUUACACCCAUCAGACCUUGGAAGAAACCGAAGGUGAAUGCAGAGGACUCUGAGGUGCCACCCAAGAGCCUUUUAAAAUAAAUAGAAGUUUUUAAAAAUGCUACUUAGAGUCACUGCAGAAGCAUGGAGAGAGAAAAACAAAAAAACAAAAGACCCAGUUGGGUGGGGGGUGGGGGGGAGGCAAGGGUUUACAGAGUAACAACUUAUGUGUUGUUGUAAAUUACCUCAUCUGUAUACCUUGUAUUGGGACACUUUAUUUCUCAGCACUACCUGUGUCUGCAUUGCUUAGAUGGCAGGAGAUGGAAUGGCCGAUAUAAAAAGUUAUGUUGGCAAUUACUCUGAAAGAUUUUUUAAAGUAUUUUUAAACUUUGUUUGAAGUGGUCCCUCCCCUCUUCCUCUGCUUUUCUUUAAGUUUGAAGCCAGAAGUCCCUCCCCCACCUUGAUUUAUUGGUUGUAAUUGUAUUGUAAUUGGUAUAACUAAAACAUAAUUGUGCUGGGAAGAAGUUGUGCCAUGAAGGUCUUUAAUUUUUUUUUUUUUAAUAAAAACAUUUAAAUAAAUGAAAUGUC